ACGCUUGAAAUCUACGAAGGGGAUGAAUUAUGUCUGAUCUGUGGCAAAAAGGAUUAUUUCAACACUUGAAAACAAGAACAAUUUGAAUUUAAAGCGGAAAAAAGCUAGAAGUUUUGCUAUUAAAACUUUGACAGAUGCGUAGGGCCUGAACAUUGAUUGAAAAUUAUCAUUUAUUCUUUUGUUUAUGCCGUGCGAAGAUCUACAAUCUUCAGUCAUUUCACAAAUGAAUUGUACGUAUUCAUUUCAUUGUUAAAUUGUCGUCGCUUUGCUAUUUUAUUUUCUUUCAUCGCCUAAUUUGUAUUAGCCUCGGGUAAAAAACAAAACUUGGCGCGUCUAUGGAUUGUAUUCGGCGUUUAUAAAAUUUUCAAGUUGUAUGAAAAUCAGCCCACUUUCUUCAUUUCCGUUGUUUGUGCGUUCGUUUAAGCACAGAACGAUUACUACCGCUGUUAGACGACGAUUCAAAAUGACAUCAAACACAGGAAGCUGUCAUGGGACUCGCUAUGGUGUUAUAGUUUGCGAUAACCACGAAAAAUGGGGUGGCGUUUCAUCGAUAGGAAAGCGUUAUGUCGACAUCUUCAAAAGCAAAUCUGAGGCCGAGGAUUGGCGUAUUUUCGCAGCUAUUGAAGGCGAGGUACCUUCCAAAGGGGAUUUAGAAACAUUUGACGGCUUCUUUAUCACGGGAAGUCCCCAUUCUGCGAACGAUGAUAUCAAGUGGAUCAACGAUUUGAAGGAAUUUAUUUCUUCUUCGGCGAAUUCAUCCAAGGCUCGUAUCAUAGGUGUGUGCUUCGGCCAUCAGUUAAUUGGAGCCGCUCUGGGUGGUCAAGUCACGGCGAAUCCAUCGCAGAAAUUCGUCCUGCAGAGCGAAGAAGUCAAAACAGAUAGGAAUUUUCGAGGAAAUAAAGCAAUAAAAGAACUAAUCGAAGGCCUUGAUGGCCCCCUUCGCUUGCUGGAGUGCCAUGGUGAAUGUGUAGCGACCCUACCCCCCGGAGCUACAAAUCUGGCGGAAUCAGCAACUUGCCAUCAUGAGAUGAUUCAAUUUACAGAAAACAUCUUCGGGAUUCAAGCGCAUCCAGAAUUUAUUGUGCAAGAUUAUAAAGAUCAUCUGAUCCCUGACUUAUUCUGUGGCGGUAAACUAGACGAGAAUGGAAAGAAACUUUGCGAAGAGUCUCUUCUUCUACCUCUAGAUUCAUCUAAGAUGGCGGCUGCCUUGAAGAAGUUCCUCUCGAAAGAGGAUUCUUAAAAUUUCGAUGACAGACUCUACAAACCGAGGAAAAUGGUUGCAUAGUUAGCCAUUUUUUUCUUUUUUUUUUUUUUUUUGUUUAAGCAAUAAAAGAAAACACUUUUACCUUUAAGGGGACUAAGGUAUUUGAAAUAUCAGUGGUGUAUGUAAAAUUUCUCCACACAUUUUUAAUACUCUAACCAGGGGCUAAAAAGCAAGACUUGAUCAAAUCAUCAGGGAGCAAAAGGUUGAACAUGUACUUUUAAAUAAAGGGGUUAAGGUGCUGUAGUAGAGUAUGUGUGGGUACUUGGAAAUUUUCUGUUAGAAAAAGUACAUUGCAGGAAUCACAAUUUUGGACCACUUUUUUCACACAACUUUUAUGGUAUUAUUGGGAAGGAAACGGUUCCCUUGUUUCUACAUUUACAAAUUUGCUAAUUUAACCAGUCUGUUGCAUGAUGCUGGCCAAAGCAGUGGUUAGGGUCAAGGGUUUUUGCUGGCUGUACAGUACUACUUUACAAUGUAACCUUUGUUAGAGACAUUCUGGCUGGGUAUGCCACACACAUGUUAGCCAUCUGUCGCUAGUUUUUUUCACAACCUGACCAGUCACUGUGCUCUACAUCAACUGAAUUCCAUAUCUGGUUUUUACCAAGUUUCAUUAUACAACUUUCAACCACAGUGAAGAAUUCUAUAGGUUUGAGUGGGUCAUAUUGCAUAUCAUGUCAGUAAAAUGUAUAUACAUGCUCAGGACUAGAGAUGGUAAGGUUAAACUCUGUGCUCACCAUGGUGACAUUAAAUUUUUAAACUAACAAUGCUAGUCUGAGUGACAGUAUUUUGAUUAUUAUAGUAUUGGUAAUUUUUAUGUUAAUUAUUAUGAGUCUUCUCCAGUGUUACUGGUUUGCCCUUCACUUUUUUGCAAGAGCAGACUAGGAGUCUAGUGCUCACUAAGAAUGUCAACAAUUUUAAAAGUGGCGAUAGAAGUAUUCUUAAGGGUAUGAGUGUGUUUGUUUUUUCUUUAAGCAACAAUAUAAUUUUGCAAAACUGGGCAAAGUGCCAAUAAUUCAAUCGGUGCUGUUAUAGGUUAUUAACUGUAGACUAGUAAUGUCAUUUCACACUGCAAAAACUCAAAAUAGUGCAAGGGUGAAAGUUUGGGUAUUGAACUGGCAAAUACUUACAAUCCUCAGAAUUCAAUUAGGUGUUAGGUAUUUUUCUAAUGGAUAUUCAUGGGACAUCAAGCCUCUAUUUUAAUAAAGUAUCAACCCUAAAUGUUUCUCAUCA